GUAGGAUUGCGCAUGCGCGCGCUGUUCGGGGCUGAUGGAGAGAAGACGCCCACUGCCAUCAUCCCUGUGUAGUGCAGGCGAGCUACAAACCGGUCAUAUUUACCGCAGACACACCACCUCUGUUGUCUUUCAGCACACCUGCAUGUUGUAGUCUGAAACAAGAAGCCCGAUGUCUGUGGCAAAUGCGAAACACACUGUCCUGAAUCCGGUGAUCCCAUACACAGGGCCUAUACCUGGAGGCCUGCACCCUGGGGAGAUCAUCAUCAUUCAGGGCACUGUUCCCCCAGAUGCUGACAGGUUUCAGAUUGACCUGUCGAGCGGCUGCAGCACCAAGCCGCGCUCUGACGUCGCCCUCCACUUCAGCCCUCGCUUCAAAGGCUCGCCCUGUGUGGUGUGUAACACCCUGCUGCAGGAGAGCUGGGGCAAGGAGGAAACGCUCCAUCAGCUACCCUACAAACGCGGAGCCCCCUUCGAGACUAUCAUAUUGGUGCAUGAAGAUGUGUUCAAGGUGGCAGUAAAUGGCACUCACCUGCUGGAAUACAAGCACAAAAUUCCAUUAAACAGGGUCGACACAUUUUCUAUUUCUGGGAAAGUCAGAGUGCACGCUAUUGGCUACAUCCCAAACUCGGCAAUAUAUUCAGAAUCAGGUGACUUGAGCCUCCCUUACAAAGGCAGUAUACUCAAAGGACUGAGCCCUGGGCAGCACAUCACAAUCAAAGGACAGGUCAGCAUGUAUCCACACAGUUUUACAGUGAACCUCCGCCACAGCAGGACAGAGAACAUCGCUCUCCAUCUGAACCCUCGCAUGAAGUCGGGUGUGUUCAUCAGGAACUCGUACCUGAGUGAAUCCUGGGGUCAGGAGGAGCGGGAGCUGCCCUUCUUUCCCUUCUCGUCAGGGGAGUACUUCGAGAUUCUCAUCCUCUGUCAGCCUCAUCAGUUUAAGCUGGCAGUCAAUGGCUCACACAUGUUUGAGUUCAGACAUCGGGUGCAGGAUCUGAGCAGCAUUGACCAGUUGGAGAUCAUGGGGGACCUGGAGCUCAAUGAUGUUAAACUGUGGUGACUCGGAGUUCCAGACUUAACGCGGAAGCCAGCGUCACAGACACUGUUGCGUUCUGGUUAUCUAUGCUAAAUUAGCUUAGUCGCAGUGACCCGGACGAUGGAUGCUGAAAACGGCCAACCCUGUGCUGACUUCAGGUUAGGUUAGUCUUACAGCAUAAACAUAGGUCAUUGAUUUUAAGCUAUUCUAGCAUUUUUGGUGACCAAGGUCCAUGGUCAGGCCCUACCAUGCAGUUUUAAUGGGCCAUGUUUCCAGCCCUGGCUAGAGAAGUGGUGCAUGAGCGUUAGCUGUGCUGGAGUAUCAGGCUGUGAGCAAGCCCCCAUGACUGUUUACAGUUACAAGUUAGGUUUGCCUUGGUUCAUUUCUUAUACUGUCUCUAGUGCAUCUCUGCUGUAAUAUGCCCUUAGUGCACUGUGUACUUAAAUCUGGAAUAUGUUUAAUGUUAAUAAGCACUUGGCUUUGUUUAACUGCCAAGACAGUCAGCAAAUACAAUGAAUAACAUCUAAGGGUUCAAUUCUCUUGGAGCAAGGCCCAAUAAAGACUAAUUUAUUGUACAGCCAUUUUAAAAAGCGUUAAUUCUUUACUAAAUAAUUAGUACCCUUUUUUCCCCUUGCUUUUUUUUUAUAAAUAGGAUGUGCCUACACAGGACAUGUAAUGGUGCAGUGGAACUCAAGCACAGUGCAGUACAGGGUCCAUUUAAUAUAUAAUAAUAACAAUCUGAAGGAAUGACAUCUUUCUGCAAGCUGUAGAAUAUAGUAGAAUCCUGUAUCUGUGACCGUCUCGUCUCACGGCUCUCGCACUCGAUGGAAUGAAUGAAGAAAAAAAAAAAGAAAUCUGGGAUAUUUCUUUUCCAGUGUUGAUGUUUUCCUUUUGGAAUUAUCUGUUGUAAUUCCCUAUGUAUCAUAAAUGAUUUAAUAAAUGAAUGUGUUGCUAUUAUCA